CAUGCCAGGCCCGGACGUCGUACACAGAGGAUGAGGUGCUAUGGGGUCACCGUUUUGAGUCAUGCAUUUCUCUGGAGAAGGAGGCCUUCCGUGUGGACCACAGUGCGUUUGACAAGACCUUUGAGGUACAGAUGUCUACAGACAGCGCUAAAGAGCGCAGUGAUCGACUCAGGAAGAACUCUGUAACAUCGCACUGACACAUCCUUUCUGUUGCUCACAUGGACAUGAUGCAUUUCUAUUGUUGUAUUGCUCCUUGUGCUUAUCAAAUUGUGUUACAGCUCUAUAUAUACAGUCUGUAUGUUCCUAACUUGUGGCCAGGGACCAUUUUGACCUGUGGAUAUGUAGAUCAAAUCCACUCUUCUUUUUAUACCUAUUAAGGGCAGUGCUUAGGAUUCUAUUGGGAUUCUAAUACGAUAAUUAUUUGAUAUUUGGAACAAAUUCUAUAGAAUUUUAGUCCUAGGAUAAAGAAUGAUCCUAUAAGAUUUUUACUUAAAGCCCAUCUAAAGAACUUUAUUUUUUGGUAAUUUAAUUGGACCACCCCCCACCCCCCUCCAAUAUCAGGAGCAAUGAUUAUUUCAUAAUAUUUUUCUUGUGUCUUUGAUAAUGAAAUUAUUUGUUACUUUCUACAUGGUUUAAUUUUAUUCGAAUUGUUUCCAGAUAAUGACCUACAUUUCCCUUGGUGUUUAAUCCAAUUAAAUUACCCUUAUAUCAAAUUGUUUAAAUUAUUUUGGGUUUAAAGUGAAUAUUCUUAUAGGAAUUGAUGUAUAGGAUAAAAAUCCCAUAAGAUUCAUCGCUGUCUCAUGGCUCCCAUUUUGUGUUUAUGAAAGGUAAAUUGCAUGGCCUCCUUUGAGAUUGUGUGAAUAAAGAUUUACCUAACAACUAGCACUCUGCUGCUGUAAUUCUCAUUUGUUUACAAUGAACCACACGGGAUAAUCGCAGGACCUUUCCGCGCACCACAAUGCGCAUGCGCAAAUGACCCAGUCCAAACGCACGUCGACAUGCACGUCUGUCCCGGAAGUGCAUGAAGUGUUGUUCCGCCGGCGCUCAGGCCGCCAUGUCCCCCGCGCGGAGGAGACACUUAGCGCUCUUUUCUGUUCUGGGAAUACUCACUAUCGCUCUUUAUUAUUGGCCUAUUUUACUCUACUUCUCUGUUAUUCUCGCCUUUCUUUUCAUUGUACUUUAUUACCGCAGUCCAGAAGCACUUCUUGCCCGGUUAGGCUUGAAUCCUCCUCGGACUAGAGGGAACAUUCAGAGCGUGCUGCGGCGCUGGCUUUGGGCUUGGAGGGUUAGCGGCGUGUCGGUUCCUCCACGGAGGCUGGAAAAGUUCAUCAGCGGCAAAACCAAGCUCCCAUCCCGGGAACAAGCGCAGCCCUACGACCAUAGGUUUGUACCGGCCGGUCCAUAUCGUCAGGAGGCUCUGAACAGUGAAUCGUUUCUGUUCAGUCCGCGGGACCUGCUCAUGGGUAGUUACAUCGCCAAAGCCGAGAGUCCGCCACCGGAAAACUCACUUCGUGCCAGGGCUUCGCGGAACCCCCGCGAACAGCUGCGACUCGGGCUAGCCAAGCCCAACUAUGCAGUGUACACUCCGAAACGCAGGCUGUCCUUUACCGGAGAGCCAUUGGGGUCAGGGGCCAGGUUCACCAUCACUCCCCAGCGCCACUACCCCCUCCAGCAGCAGGGGGCCUCUCCUUUGGGGAUCCUGCCUCCGCUCAGGUGGGACGGCUUCAAGCAGAAGAGCGUCCUCAGACCCCGGAAUUCUUCUGUCUCCAGCCCAGUGACGGUGAAGAUCGCCCGGCCGGAUGGUGCCUCUCACGGCUUGGAGCAUGUAAGCAGUCUUGUUUUCCCCAGUGGCACAGUGGAUCCCUGUUCCCGAGAGAGUGUGCUCAAGGUGCUGAAAGAGAGCCGCAAGAGGGAGGUGGAGGAGGAGGGGAGCAGCUUCACAGCCCAGCAGAAGAGCAAGAGGAGGCGUAAUGACAGUGGAGGAAGUGCUCAGUCUGCCUUUGAGCCACUACUGCCCAAUGGGAUGUCCAGCCAGCUUAUCCCUAAGCCCGGCAGUCUGAAGAGAGGGCUGACUGUGACAUCAGAGGAGCCCAGUCUGAAGCACUCCCGCACCUCUUCUGUGAGCUCAUCCAGCGGAGGGCCCCUCUUCAGAGGGACCCCCUACAGAGGGACCCCCAGCUCUAACAGGAAUCCCAUCUCCAGCUCCUACAGCUCCUCUAGGGGGAUGGGACAGCGGAAGAGGCCAUUAGCCGUGUCACCUCUGUCCAGCACUGGGCCGUCGCGCUCUCAGACUCCAGAGGGGAGCUCCAAAAAGACCAGGGAAGAGGAGCAAGAAUGUCCCAGCACAGAAUCGUCUGUGAAGUCCGACAGAGCCUCAGGACAGCUGCCUGUGCUGGAUGCAUCGUCGUCUCCUCCCACUGAGCCUUGCACCAGUUCAACGAAACACACUGGGAGUGGAGGGAAACAAAGGCGCAAGAUACAACUGAUGGCACGAGAUCCAAGUCUUUCUCUGCCUCCCCCUCCAGAGCUGGGCUACACUGUCACAGUUAAGGACCUGGAUGAGGAGAAACGCAGCACUCUCAACAAGAUUUGCAAGAUCCUUGAGAUGCCUGCUCCUGAGCCUGCCUCCUCCAGUGCUCCUUCCACUGCUGGCUCUAGUGUAACCCUCAGCACCUCAGUGGUGACUGUGAGUGGCAUCCUGGGUGCCUCUGUGGGCACAGCGGGCAGUGUCCUGGGUGCCUCUGUGAGUGCAGCGGGCUGUGACCUUGGUGCCUCUGUGGGCGUUGCUGGUGGCAGCACCGUUUCGAUCGUAAGCAGUGUGGAUAGUGCCCCAAGUCAGACCAACAUCCUGCUGGAGUCUCUGAAGAGGAAGAGCCCUGCCCCUGCCUCAGUGACUGUAUCGGCACAGGUCCAGCCCACUGUGGCCCUGCAGACCUCAGUUCCUUCUGUCUCUACCUCUGUGAUUCCCACCACCACAGCCCCGUGUCAGCAGUCAUCAGCUCUUGCUCCUGCUCCUGCCCCUGCUCCUGCCCCAGGUCUGUUCAGCCUGCUGUCUACUGCUCCUCCCUCCAGCACAUCCGCUGCCACAGUUACCCCCUCUUUGCUGACCUCAGGCUUCAAACCAAUCUUCAACACCUCCAGCAGCUCCUCCAGCAGCACCUCCAACAGCACAGCUGCUGAUACCAAACCUCUCCAGAACUUUAAGCCAAUUUUUGGCACAGCUCCUGAGAGUUCUGUGCCCGCCCCGGCCUCCUCCUUGGUCUCUGCCUCUACAAACUCUGUGUUCAGUGGCUCCAGUAGCAACACCACAGCCUCUCUGUUCUCCACCAGUGCCGCACCUGUCAGUGGGGGGUUGGCAGUCACACCCAUGUUUGGAAGCUCUUCUGGGAGUACGCUGCAGGUGGCUUCCACUCCUGGGACCAACCCAUCCAGCUCCUCUCAGACUGGAAUGAGCCUUGUACAGACGGCCCCCACUCAGACCAGCAGCAUUGGGGCUACAUUUGGAGGCUUCGGGACCACCAGCACACCAGCCCCUCAUACAUUUGGGAUCUCCACUACACAAGCUCCUCCCCCUUACGGUACCACCUCCACACAGGCCCCUCCCACUUUUGGAAGCACCGCCUCCACACAGGCCCCUCCCACUUUUGGCAGCACCGCCUCCACACAGGCCCCUCCCACUUUUGGCAGCACCGCCUCCACACAGGCCCCUCCCACUUUUGGCAGCACCGCCUCCACACAGGUCCCUUCCACUUUUGGGGCCACUGCCUCCACACAGGCCCCUCCCACUUUUGGCUCCACACCCUCCACAAAGUCUAAUACCUUUGGGACCACCAUGUCACAGUCUACAUUCACUUUUGGAAAGUCAUCCUUGGAGUCCAGUGCAACCCAGCCCAGCUUCAGUUCCACAGCAGAACCCCCCAAAGCCUUCACCUUUGGAGCAGCAUCCUCGGCUCCAACUACACAGACUGCUCCUCCUGCUCUGGGACAGACUCCCAGCACAGUGCCCUCCUUUGGGACUCUGCCUAAGCCCUCCUUCUCCUUUGGCAGCUCCACAGCUGCGGCCCCUGCCUUUGGCACUGAGACCCCUCAGAGCUCCAGCGCCUUCACGUUUGGCAGCUCUGCUCAGCAGCCUGCCCCCUCCAACACACAGCCCUCAGCUGUAUUUAAGUUUGGGGCUGCAUCACCCCCCCAGUUUGGGACACCCGUCAACAACAUUGCACCCCAGAUGGGAGCGUUCACAUUUGGGGCCACGAACUCUGACAAACCAGCUUUUGGAUCCCCAGCUUCUGUGUUUGGGCAGCCCUCUGCGCCUGCUCCCAUUCCCUUUGGAAGUCCAGGGACUCUAGGCCAGAGCUUCAGCGCUGGUCCUUUUGGCUCUCCAGUCACUCCCUCAUUCUCUAUCGGUGCUGGUUCAAAACCUUCAGCCACACGGCAGAGGCUCCAGGCUCGGCGACCACACAACCGCAAGAAGUAACCUAAAUUGUGCUAUGACUCCACACACCUCCACUCAGACUGACCCUGAGCACAGACUUGAUGCUGGGCUGGACAUGCACUGAGGGGUAAAGUGCACAUUGGACUCUCGCUGAAGCCUCAUGCUUUAGGAGCACCUAAAGAACCAGACUUGUACUAUACUUGAAAAGACAUGCUGUUCACUUGGAAUCAUUGUUCAUUGUUUUAAGUUAAAGAUGAGUCUUUUAGUGUUUUUAUGAUUUCAACUUUUUAAUGUCGCCAUAUCCAUUUGAGCACACCGCACCUGCCCUGAGUGGUCAGGUCAGGUCCUGUCCCUUUCUGUAAACCAAUCGGAACAUCAAAUGUGCGUUCAACAGGCUGUCUUCUGCUACAUUUGUAUUUUACUAAAGCAACAAUGGUCAGUGACCAUCCUUGAACUGCUCAGAUGGGCUUAGACCUUAACAUGGAGGUCCCUCUUUGUUAAGAUGUAGAUAAUUUAUGUGCAUAAAUAAUUUUUAUGUAAAUAAAUAUUUUUCUGAA